AUGUUUUCAAAACGCCUCACAGCAAACAUUCUCACUUCAUCCAACGAUUCGAGAUCUCGGCUCACCGCUGCUGUUCCCAGCAAAAGCUUUCCUUGUGAUGGAGUUCAAGUGAUGUCAGGAAGGAAUUUCAACCUAGAGAUUGAGCAUGCACCAAGGUCUAUGGAUGCACGUGACAAACCAGCGUUGCAUGUGGAAACACAAUGUGCAAUGGCAAAAAUGGGUUCUACAGUAGCCGAUUUAUCGAAAGAAGAAUUAAGCAAGGGAGAAUAUGCAAUUAAUUUACUAGAUUUUGGGGAUUCGCUGUCACGCUCCACAGCAAUUGGUCCUAUUCAGAAACGCACUCAUUCUGCUGAUUCACGUACGCAAAGGAAGACGGAGCAGCUGUGCAUUAAUUGCCAAAAUAAACUGUUUAUGACUGAAACCAUUGCAACAGAAUCUCACGAUCCCAAUUCUCUUCAAGCAGAGAUCAUAAUUCGAAGAAGUUCUGAUGUGGACCUUUUUGAAACCUCUCACUCAACCAGAACUUCGAUUCAUCGACAAAGUUUCUUCUCAAGAGACUCGGGAAAGCGUUUAUCGGGAUCUUUUGAUUCCUUGAAAAGCCAGUCGUUGACAAUGAAAUGUGCGAUGUGUCAUACCAACUUGACAUCUGGAGACCUCACUACCUCUAUACGGACAAGUACUUCUAGUCUUCUGGGCUCCGAGGCUGUGAUUAAUAUGAGUUUGAAGGAAGUUGCUGAGGCGUAUGUACGAAUUUGUAGAACAGCUGGACAAUUCGAUGGUUCUGCUGCAACAAAGGAUCGUGCAUCUCUUUAUCAGGCUUUGAAACAUAAUCGGAUAAUUCAGGCUGUGAUUGCGGACUAUGAGAAGGAAAAGAAUGUGGAAGGGAAAUUUAUCGUAGAGUCAAAGGAAAUUGCUGAUGUCGUAGCAAUGACUGAUAAAGAGAUUGGUUAUUGUGUACGUGAACCGUCGACGUAUUCUAAUUUAAGAAAUAACACCUUGGUGAAGAAGGUCGUUGAAAGCUAUGAGACCUACAAGUGUAAGCAAAGAACGGAUAUUUGCACACAAACUGACCAAGCACAAAUGAAGGCAGACACAUUUCCCAACAGUGAUGUUAAGGAAAUAGCUGAAGUAGUGGGGGCAUUUGAGAAAUCUCAAGGCCAAGUCUCAACAAAAAUGGGUCUCUACGCAGAUCUUAAGGGAAAUCCCAUUAUUCAACGAGUGAUUGAAGAAUACGAGCUCAAUAGGGGCGUAUACUCGGCGACCAAACCAAGUGCAACCAUAGCUGAGGCAGUACUACCUUCUGCAGCUGCCUUAAAGAUGGGAAUCCUCAGUGUUGAUGGACAGGUGGCAAAAAUGGAAUCGGAACAAUUUGCUUCGACACGUUUGUCGACCCAAAACAGCUGCGCAAUUAUCAGAAAAGUUCACAAGAGCAAAGCGGAGGAGAAAACAAUCUCUUCUUCAGUCAGUAGUGAUUCCGAAGAUGAAGACUACAUUCAAAAUUGGAGGCGCACUCAAUGCUCGCCCGCAUCUUUAGAGGAGUGCAUCCGAUUCGACGUUGCUUGCUCAGCUCUCAUAACACCGGAGACAUGGGACAAGAAGAUCCAAGUUGAUUUAACAUAUAAUCAUUGA